CCCCAGCUCAGUUAAUUUUUGCAAGAGGCACAUCAACGUUCACUCACUCUUCAGAUUCCCACUGAGCCUGCUGCCUUGGAAGGGUCUUUCACCUCCCAGAAGUCCACUUUUACAAAUACUUCCUGUGGAGACAGCUUUCCAGGCUAAAGUGUCCUCAUGGCUGUUACACUGCAAGGUGCCCAAAUGCUGCAGACGCUGGAGAGAUCAUUGAGGAAGUAUCUUCCUGAAUCCUUAAAGGUUUAUGGGACUGUCUUUCACAUGAACCAUGGAAACCCAUUCAACCUAAAAGCUGUAGUUGACAAGUGGCCUGAUUUUAACACAGUGGUUGUCCGUCCUCAGGAACAGGACAUGGCAGAUGACCAUGAUUUCUACAACAAUACUUACCAAAUCUUCUCUAAAGAUCCCCAGAACUGUCAGGAAUUCCUGGACUCCCCAGAAGUAAUCAACUGGAAACAACAUUUGCAGAUUCAAAGUUCCCAGUCUCGCCUGAAUGAGGCGAUACAAAAUAUUGCAAACAUUCAGUCUUUCCAAGUCAACCGCUCAGAAAACAUCCUCUUUGUAACAGCAGAGACAAUCAAGAAACUGUUCCCUGACCUGCUGGAUCCAAAGAAUUUAUCUCCGGGUAGUGGCAAGCCCAAGGCCAUCAAUCAAGACAUGUUUAAACUUUCAUCCUUGGAUAUCACCCAUGCUGCCUUGGUGAAUAAAUUCUGGCUUUUUGGUGGCAAUGAGCGGAGCCAUAGAUUCAUUGAACGCUGUAUAAAGAAGUUCCCAAGUUGCUGUGUCCUGGGGCCUGAGGGGACCCCUGCAUCCUGGACCCUAAUGGACCAAACUGGAGAGAUGCGAAUGGGAGGCACCAUGCCUGAGUAUCGAAACCAAGGUCUUGUCUCCUUUGUUGUCUAUUCACAAGACCAGAUUAUGAAGAAACGUGGCUUUCCUGUUUAUUCUCACACAGACAAAAGCAAUAUUGCCAUGCAAAAAAUGAGUUACAAACUGCAACAUCUCGCCAUGCCCAGUGCCUGGAACCAAUGGAAGUGUGUGCCUAUGUGAAGCUAGCCUUGAACACAAGAUGGUGUUGGGGGGGGGGGACCUGGGAAUGUAACUGGAUGGCAGACAAAGAAUAAAGGUGACCAAAAAGAGAGAAUAAAUGGAAACCAGAUGCAAAGGAGUGGGACUGUCUGUACUCUGGGGAAGCAGUGUGAAAGGCUGACAGAUAUGCCAUAGUUAUGUUCAUCAGAUUGCUCUUAGACUCCCUGAAGUUCAUUAUCUGAAGAAGGUCUAUGUCUUUCAGUAUUGAACUCUUCUAAUUUAGUCACACAUCCUGGAUCUAUAUGACACUCCCUUAUCAACUACACAAAGCUCCAAAUGGUUCCUCUUGGAAGCCCUAGUACACAACUUGGAGACUUCUGCUAACCUUGCUCGUGAUAAUGAGAUAAUGUUUUCUGGCUUCUGUGCCUUAUUCCUCUCUGUCUAUGGCUUUUCCUUCAGCGAUCAGCAAGUGUAUUCUCAUCAGGUCUUAAGAAAGUAGCCACUCCUUUGCUGGCUGCUUUAUACAUAUAUUAAAUACAUUAUACACGAACCAUACAGUUUAUCAGAUUAAACAAAAUACACAUAAAAUAGCAAAGGAAGAUAACAAGGAAAAGCCUAAUUUUGAUUUUCCAGUUCCAUCUUAGCCCCAAGAAAAUAAAGCAAUGUGGCUUUCAAAAACUUGACUUCCCAAUCUACUGCAAUCCUGUGAGAAUAAAUAGAAUAUGUGGUUGGUUGCACAAGUUUUAUGCUAAAUGAUAUCGCUUUUAUUUCACUGUAGCUACUUAAUUACAAAUCCUUCCCUUCAUUCACAUCAAUUUCCUUGGUAUUUCUUUAUAAUUCCAAACAAGCUCCUGCUUCAGGGCUUUUGUACUUCCUGUCCCUCUUUGUGGAAUACUCCCUGCCUCCACUUAGCUCUCUGGGAUGUCACCUUUUCUCUGUCCCAACUGAAACAUCUUAUAAAAUAGUCACUCUCCAUGUGUAACAUCCACCUCUCCCAGUAGUCUGCAUCCUCCUUAGAACAAUUCCUAGACUGCAUACUGGCUCCCUCUGUUAAAUAGGGUAACCAUUGAUGUAGAGUGUGUCAUGUGUUAUAUGCUUGUAUACUUCUAGAGGUACUCAAAACGUAUCACCAAUUUUCCAGUUUGCUGAGAUAUUUUGAUCUAAAUUUUCACUCAGCACAACGAUGUCAGUUUGCUAGAAUUAAAUUGGGAAACUACUUCAUAUUUAUUUAUUAUACACUUGACUGAAAUCAUUGUAAAAGUCUGCUUUGGAUACAAAUUGACAAUAUGUAUCAGUAAUAAGUAUAGCAAACAUUAAAUAUUCUAAUAUACUGCAUAAUGUUCAUGUAUUUAAUUUUGAUUAUUAUGGAGCUUAGUAAUACAUGCAUUCUGUUCAUGACAAUGUACAGAUGUUCAAUACUAUUGAAUAGUACACAUCAACAUACAGGUAUUCAAUACUAUUGAAUAGUACAUUUAAAAGGGUAUUUAAUAAUUAUUUUACCAUAAACUCAUUCACAUGCGUGCCACCAUCUCCCAACAAAUAAUUUCUGUUUCUUUCCAACCUAAGUUCAACUCGAUGAAAAAUCAGAGACUCCUAGAGUCUUUUAUGUAUAUAAACCUAUCAUGUGUGAGCAAAGAGUCUUGGACUUCUUCCUUUCUUGUGUGUACCCCAUUUAGUUCAGUCAUUUGUUUCAUUAUUCCAGCUAAGACUUCAAGUAUUUUAUGCAGGAAAAGAGGAGACAAACUUGUCUUCUUUCUGAUUUAGUGGAAAUUCUUUGAAGUUUUGUCUGUUUAGGAUGAUGUUUGAAGUGGGUUUUCCAUAUGUUGUCUUUAUUAUAUUGAACUGUAUCCUGGGUAUCCCUAUACUUUCAAGUAUGUUUUUCAGAAGUGGUAAAUAAUUUCAAAUUCAGUUUUGCAUCUCACGAGUUGGUCAUGUGGUCUCUGCCCUUUAUGAAUGUGCUAGAUUACAUUAAAUACUUUAGGUUUGCUGAAUCACCUUGCAUCUCCUGGAUGAAAUAAACUUUAUCA